AUGGCUCUUUCUGCCUCGACACUUCGUCUCCUGAUCGUCAUCUUCGUCGCUCUGGGGAGCACAACCUAUGGCUACUGUGCCUCCAUCAUCAGCACGACCCUGGCGCAGCCCUCCUUCAUCGCCUAUUUUGAACUCGAUACCCGCUCCAAUGCUACAGAUCUAACCGGGUCCAUCUUUGGCCUUUUCCAAACUGGUGGUUUCUUUGGCACAUUGACGUGUCUGAAAUCUGCCGAUUGGUUAGGUCGACGCAAGGCACUCUUCUUGGCCAGUUUGGUCACCACCGUUGGUGGAGGACUCCAAGCCGGCAGCGUGAACAUUGGGAUGUACAUCUUUGCACGAUUUCUGACCGGUGUUGGCAUCGGUGCGCUCGUCACACUUGUGCCUCUUUACCAGAGCGAGAUCGCUCCCCCAAAGAUUCGAGGUUUUCUUGUCGCCAUGCACGGCGUAAUGCUGUGUGUUGGCUACUCGGCCGCCAGCUGGGUUGGCUUGGGAUUCUAUUUUGUCAAUGCGGGCGGAGCACAAUGGAGACUUCCCCUGGCGAUCCAGUCCCUUUGGCCGGCCACGCUCGCUUGUGGAGUAUUAUUCCUGCCAGAAACUCCUCGAUGGCUGCUGGAUCACGAUCGAUACGAAGAGGCUUUCGAAUCCUUCAAGCGUGUCCGCGCCGAGUCAUCCGAUGCCUUCUUGAACGAUGAAGCAGCCAUACGAGCCGACUUUGCUAUUCUCCGAGAACAAAUCAUCUUCGAGAAGCAACAACAACUAUCCUUCUGGGAUCUUUUCCGCCUCCCCCAUUAUCGAAAGAGGCUUAUUGUCGGUUUUAUCACCAUGGUCGCUCCACAGGUCACGGGCACUCAAAUCAUCUACAACUACGGUUCGCAACUGUAUAAGAAUCUGGGGUUCAAUACCCUCAAACAACUCCUACUGAGUUGCGGAUGGAUCACCUUCUCGCCUUUUGGUAACUGGUUCAAUGCCCUGGUCGUGGACAAAGUGGGCAGAGUGAGGAUGCUGCUGAUUGGCAUCGUUGGCUGCAUCUUAUGCCUCGUCGGAGAAGUCAUCUGCCUCGCUCAGCUCGACAAUGGACAAAAGAACCGGGCAGCCACAAACGCCGCCGUGUUCUUCCUCUUCUUGUUCGUGGGCUUCUACGCAAGCUUCAUCGAUGCGACUACAUAUAUCUACGCGUCUGAGAUUUGGCCCACUCCAGUCCGGGCGAAAGGUCUGGCGCUGUCCAUCUCUGGCCUGUUUCUCUCAUCGUUGGCUAUUCUGCAGGGCGCCCCAGCCGGCUUCGCCAAUAUUGGAUGGCGCUACUAUCUGGUCUUCAUCUCCGUCACCUCAGUGAUGGUUGUUUUCAUGUACUUCUACUUCCCCGAGACCAAAACAUUGAGCUUGGAGGAGAUCGGAGAAAUCUUCGGUGAUGAAGUUGCACAUGUCGACGCGAGUACAGCCACGGCCAUGGGCGAGAAGGGGGUCACGGAACUGCACAUCGAAUCUGCCGAUCUGAAACAGUAG